UCCUCCUCCUCCUCCUCCUCCAGCCUCCACCUCCUCCUCUUCUUCCUCUUAUUUCUCACCGCAUCUCCUCCACCACCUGCCACAGCAGCGACGCAGCGAUGGAGAGCUGCUGCACAUGAUCAUCAAGCUGCACGAGGAGGAUUGAGAAAAGACGCACAGAGAGAGAGAGAGCGAUAAAGAGAGAGAGGAGACACCGAGAAAGAGAGAGAGAGACCUGAGCGGAAACAGAAACAUAUGUUUGUGCAUGGCUGGAUUGCGGUUGUUUGCACCUCCCUAAACACGUACAUCAUCACAAGACCUGCUGCAGCCUACAAAAAGCUUCUUGCAAAGAAGGAAAUUGAAUUACACAAGUUAUUCCCACAGAAGCAGAAGAAGAAGAAGGAGGAAAAGAGUGGCUGGCUGUCUCUUCAGUGUUUCCUCUGGGCCCAACAGGAGUCUCAUAGACCCUCCUCUCUCUUCUCCUACCCUCCUCUUCCUCGGUAACAAGCCAUGUCAGGACACACUGUGACCAUCCCGGACGACCGGGCGUUUGCCAGCUUCAAGGCGGAGUGUCUGUGCGAGGAAGGCUGGAGUGCGAACCACAACAAGGGGGGCAUCACGGUGUGGACUCAGGGUCUGGAGGAAGGGAAGUCCAUCCACAAAAUCAAGUGUCGGAUGGUGUGUAAGGACGUGUCAGCUGAGACCAUGUACGACGUUCUCCAUGACAUUGAAUACAGAAGGAAAUGGGACACAAACGUCAUCGAGACCUUCGAUAUCGGGAAACUUACGGUCAAUGCGGAUGUCGGUUACUACUCAUGGAAGUGUCCAAGUCCUCUUCGGAACCGCGAUGUCGUCACGCUUCGCUCCUGGCUGCCAAUGGGGAAAGAUUACAUCAUCAUGAACUACUCUGUCAAACAUGUUAAAUACCCUCCUAAAAAGGACAAGGUGCGAGCUGUGUCCAUUCAGACUGGCUACAUGGUCCAGAGCCAGGGGCCAACCAACCACUGUACCCUCACUUACAUGGCCCAGGUAGAUCCACGAGGUUCGUUACCCAAGUGGGUUGUCAACAAGUCUUCCCACUUCCUUGCUCCUCACGCGAUGAAGAAGAUCAACAAAGCCUGUUUGAAGUAUUCAGAGUGGAAGCAGAGACACAACCCCGGCUUCAAGCCCUGGCUCUACCCCGAACAGACUACACUACCCAGCAUCCCGCUCUCUGAGCUCAGCAUCCAGCAUGCUGAGAGCCUGGAGAAUAUUGAUGAGAGCUCCCUGGCUGAGACCCAGGAGAGAGAAGACAGCGACUAACACUCACACACACACACACACACACACACACACACACACUUUCAUGUAUUCAUACACACACAAAACGUAAUGCAGGGUUACAUGCAUGCCUGAUACACAUCCAUAACUACACUAAUGUAUAUGUGAUUCUAUUUGUAAGUAUGUGUGCAGUUGCAUAUGCAGUCAUACUAACAGGCACAUGUAUGUAAGCAUUCAUGCACUCAUAAUUGACCAACUCCAUCUUACAUACAUAAUGUAUGAAUACAUACAUGCAACAUAGAUGCACUCACAGAUACACACCCACCCACUCAUAAGGGGCACCGAAAACGACUUAUUCUUACAAAGUCGGUGAACUCCUAUUCGUUGUAAUCAGAAAAGCCGCUGUUAAUGUGAUUUUUCAUGCCCCUUCUAGGGAUAUCAACGUUUUCCAAUCAGGACCUAAGCAGAUUAUCAUAGCAAAAAAUAUUAUCAGUAAGAUUUAUUGUUGAAAUGUUUAUAGACUAACCUGACAGUGGAUCCGGCUCUCAUUCAAAAUUAUACUCCUUUAUCUGCGAGUUAUGUAUACGAAAACAUCCCAGUGCAACCCCUAAUGGUCAUGUAUACAGCAAGUAAAUACCUGUGUACACAUUUGAACCAACACCAUUCAUUUAUACUACAUUUAUGCACUCAGACAUGUAUACACACUCAGUUUGUUGUCUCUCUGUCACUCAUUAUGUGUCUCCAUCACAUUUUGUAAGCACAUAAUAAAUAUGCAGGCGUGCAGAAGGCAGCUGGAACCCCCGACCUGCAACCCUUUCAUACACACACACACACACAUACAGAUUUCACACACACAUACAGAUUUCACACACGGACUGUCUGCUCCUCUAAUUGAGAGAUGUAUGAAUGUAUGUAGAGUUUAAAAAUUAAAUACAUAUUCCUACAAAGGUUUUCAAAUUUC